GCGCCGUGGGCGCUUCCGUUAGAGCCGUUGGGAGCGUUGGCGGGCCAGGGCCGAGGCCGCCGCGUGCGGGAUGCUGCGGGGUCUGGGCAGCUGGUUCGGGCUGGAGCGGGCGGGCGAGGAGCAGAAGCCGCCGCCCGAAGAGAGCAGCAGCCCCGGGGAGCGGAGCGAAGCCGGGGGCGCCGAGAGGGCGGCGGCGGCGGCGGCGGCGGGCGGGGACCCGGCCGUGCGGAGCCAGGAGCAGGAGGAUCCGGAUCCGCUUUUCAGCCAGGCCAAAGGACUCGGCAAUUAUCUCUUCAAUUUUGCGACUGCUGCUACAAAAAAGAUAUCUGAAUCGGUUGCUGAAACGGCACAAAAUAUAAAGAGGUCUGUAGAAGAAGGGAAAAUUGAUACCAUCAUUGAUAAGACAAUUAUUGGAGACUUUCAGAAAGAACAAGAGAAAUUUGUUCAAGAAAAGCACACAAAAAAGUCAGAAGCAGCAGUGCCUCCUUGGGUAGAUAGCAAUGAAGAAGAAACAAUUCAACAACAAAUCUUGGCCUUAUCAGCAGACAGGCGAAACUUUCUGCGUGACCCACCAGCAGGUGUUCCGUUUAACUUUGACUUUGACCAGAUGUACCCCAUCGCUAUGGUAAUGUUACAAGAAGAUGAGCUCCUGAACAGGAUGAGAUUUGAUCUUGUCCCUAAACAUGUAAAGGAGGAGGUGUUUUGGAGAAAUUAUUUCUACCGGGUCUCCCUAAUUAAACAGUCCGCACAGCUCACUGCACUGGCUGCUCAACAGCAAGUUGUAGGAAAGGAGGAGAACAAUGGCAGGAAAGAGGAUAUACAGCUGACAGAAACAGUACGGCCCAAAACACCACCUGUUGGAAUCAAAUCUCAGCUAAAACCUCAAGAGGACGAGGAAGAGAUUUCUACUAGUCCAGGUGUAUCAGAAUUCGUUAGUGAUGCUUUUGAUGAAUGUAACCUGAAUCAGGAAGACCUAAGGAAGGAAAUGGAACAGUUGGUGCUUGACAAAAAGGAAAAGGAGACCUCCGUAGUAGAAGAAGAGACUGCUGAUUGGGAGAAGGAAUUACAGCAAGAGCUUCAAGAGUAUGAAGUGGUGACAGAAUCAGAAAAACGUGAUGAUAACUGGGACAAGGAAAUAGAGGAAAUGCUGCAGGAAGAAAAUUAACCGUUUUCCUGAAAUCACUGCAACCCAUAAAUAAUUUCUGAAAACUGACAUGAAUAUCUGCUUUCAUACUUGCUUCCAAAAUAUCUUCAAGAGGGACAUGAACUUAAAAUCAUUAAAAUUCCGUAUAGGGAUGGUACAGCCAGCCUUGCUGUUCUUUGUAUGAACAAUUUAUGAAGGUGAUCACUCUUCUUAAAAUAUGAUUGCAGGUGAUAUGUAAUAAUCAAAAGUGAUAACAUUGUCAUAUGAAAUUACUGGUAUUCUAUUUUAAUAUGUUUAGUUUGUAGUCUUUCUUUAGAGGGCCAAGAAGUGCUACUAGGAUGUAGUAGAAUACGUGUAAAUCUAAGAAAUCUGAAGUUUUAGUCUACACUCUCCUAUAGUGAGGUAAAAAUGGGAUGUUGUGACUAACUUUAUGCAUGCGAGUAACUGCAUUUCAUCGUGGUUUGCUUUUUAAUCUCUGUAUGAUAUUUAUCUGUGUACCAUUUAUUAAGUUACUUGUAACCAUUAGCUUUCCUUUAUACUUUACUUCCUAAGAGCAUAUGGCGCCAAAGAAUUUACAGGAAAUCCUAUGAGAAUAACUUCCUGAUACCAGUUUGUUUUUUAAAAACAUUUACUAAUUCAGACACUAAAAGAAGCACCAAUUUAUACUGAUGGGAUAGAAGUCACUUAACAUUUAAAUGGUUAAAUAAUAAUAAGAUAAUUCUUACUUGCCUUGAUCUAACAUGUUGUUUCUUUAAACCAUCGUGUUACAGUAUCUCCUUUCUCCACAGACAGAAAUGGUUUGAUAGUGUUUUGUCUUCAAUGGAUAACUGCAAUUCUCUGUGACAUGAAAUUUAAAGACUUUAAAAGAGAAGAACUUAAUUCUGUUUUCUGGAUGAGAACAAAUUAAAUAUUUGUACAGUA